GCCAAGGCGACUGACGAGAACCUGACGUCGGAGGACUGGGGCGCCAUCAUCGAGGUAUGCGACAAGGUGUCUGGCGACCCCAACGGUUCCAAGGAAGCCGUCCAGAGCAUGAUCAAGCGACUCGCCCAUCGCAACGCCAAUGUCCAGCUCUACACCCUCGAGCUUGCGCACGCCCUCUGCCAGAACUGCGGCAAGCAGAUGCACCGCGAAAUCGCCAGCCGUGCCUUCACCGAGGCCCUGCUGAAGCUGGCAAACGACCGCAACACCCACCAGCAGGUCAAGAGCAAGAUUCUCGAGAAGAUGCAUGAGUGGACCGACAUGUUCAGCAGCGACGCCGACCUGGGCAUCAUGAGCGACGCCUUCCACAGGCUGAAGCAGAGCAACCCCUCGCUGCAGCCGCCCAGCGCGCCUCGGAAACAGGGCCUGACCGACCAAGACCGCCAGAAGGAGGACGACGAGCUGCAGAUGGCUCUCCGGCUCAGCUUGCAGGAUGAGGAACGCAAGAAGCCGGCCCAGGCCACGCCCGCCUCACAGGCCUCAUCCAGCAGUCAGCAACAGCAGCAGCAGCAGCAGACUACUCCUGGGUCUACAGCGGUGCCUUCCGGUACAACGGCUGCCACGGUCAGCAGGGUUCGCGCCCUCUUCGACUUUGUGCCCACCGAGCCCGGCGAGCUGGAGUUCAAGAAGGGAGAUGUCAUUGCUGUGUUGGAGAGCGUGUACAAGGACUGGUGGCGCGGCUCACUUAGGGGAAAGACGGGUAUCUUCCCUCUGAAUUACGUCGAGAAGCUGGCGGAUCCUACGCCCGAGGAGAUGCAACGGGAGGCUCAGAUGGAGGCGGAGGUCUUUGCCGAGAUCAAGAACGUGGAGAAGCUGCUUACGCUGCUGAGCGCCUCGAACACGGGGCCGCGAGAGGAAGACAAUGAGGAGAUAUCGAAACUAUAUCAUCAGACGCUUGCCAUCCGUCCAAAGCUGAUCAAACUGAUUGAAAAGUACUCGCAGAAGAAGGAUGACUUCACCCAACUGAAUGAGAAAUUCAUCAAGGCGCGAAGAGACUAUGAGGCGCUUCUGGAAUCGUCCAUGUCUCACCCUCCUCAGCACAACUACCAGCAGUAUGCUAUGCGGCCUGCUCAGGCGUAUCCUCCCCCAGGAGGCAACUACCCGCCCCAGCCCCAGCCGCAGGAUCCCCAGAGAUUCUACACUCCUGGGCCCCAAGCAGGGACCGAGCAGUAUCCUCCGAGUGACCACGGUCCUAGAAUACCCGCCAAUGGCAACCAGCCUCCUCCUCUCAACACUUCAGCAUCGCCGUCCCAGAACUUCAAUCCUUUCAAACAGCCUCCGAACCAAGGGCCACCAAGCACCCAUGGCGCCCAGGAACUAGCCACGUCUGUCUACGACUCUCCCAUUGCUCCCAACAACCCGACCUCUGCCGCUACGUACUCCAGCUCCGUCUAUUCUCAAGAAGGCCCUGGGAUACCCCAUCCCAAGGACAAUGAGCCAAUAGCUCCAUACACCACUCAACAACCAGCAUAUCAAAGCUAUCAGCCUCCUCAGCAAAACUCCUCUGCUCCCCCCAACCAGGCGUCACAACGCCCUCCCAACGUCAUGAGCCCGCCGCCUCUGCAGCCCAGCGGCGCUGCGUACGACGCCCGCCAGGGGCUACCCAGUCAGUCAGGCCCUGGUUCAGGGCAGCAGUACAGGCCGUAUGUGCCCCCCGGCUCGUCGGAACCUAGUGCUCCGGCUCCAAACGACUACUAUCGCCAAUCCGGCGUCUACUAA